AUGAAAAACGAACUCGCCAAGGUACACCCUGUUUUCUUUGCACACAACUCGCGUCUCUUCAGAAGAAAAUCGCCUCUCCGAAGAGAUCUGAGGCGUCGAAGAAGUCCAAGUCGAAGAAGUCCAAGUCGAAGACUCGGAGAACUGGAAAAUCGGAGAAGAAAAAGGGAGGAUUCUUCGGGUGUUGCGCCAAGAAACGCAAAGUGAAGCGCUCGUCGAAAAGCCGUUCGGUGACCAAAAAGAGGGCCGCCGCCCCGAAGAAAGUGCCGGUGUCUCCGAAGAAAACCGACGUCAAGUCGCAGAAGUCGUCAAAAAAAGUGACAAAAGAAGGUUCUGCUCGGAGUGGACCGACUGGAAAGGCGCCGAAAAAGCCCGGAAAGUCCCGUCAGGAGGAGAUUCCGAAAAGGGCCGCCAUCGGAAAGACUGUUCCUCCUCCUUACGUGCCGGUUCCGCUUUCCGCGUCUGCUCGGCCGCCACCAGCCGCCGCGGUGCCGGACCGUUCGGGCUCGAGUGAACAAGUCAUCGCUCCGAUUUAUCAGCCUGCAUCCACCACUCCAACUCUGACUACGGCCACUCAAACUGAGCAAAUGGCUACGGCGGUGCGGUUCCUUUUCGUAUUACAGACUUCAUUCUUUGCUUUCAGCCCUCCUCGAUUGCUCCUCCGUUGGUUGAGCAGAAGAGCACGUCGCAAGAGCAGAUUGAUGUGAACGAAGCGAAGAGAGAAAAGAGCGAGAAGCAGACGAGAGAGGAUGUGGAGGAAGCGUUUAAAGAGAAGAAGAGCAGUGCGUUCCCGUCGCGGAAGUUCUUCAUGUCCCAGUAAGUGAAGGAGGAAUGGGAGAGGAUUCAAAUGAAUUUAUUCAUAGAUACGUGAAGGACGAAUGCCGUGUUCGUCGCUGGGUGUACGAGGAUUCGGUGCCUCUGACGGUGGAACCGACCAAAAAGUUCCGAGGCGCUCGGAACGAGAAGGAAAGACGCGGGGACAUGCUGAGAGACCUCAACGAGCUGGCGGCCAUUCUCGACGGUUAG